GGACCGCGCAAAGGAUGUGCUGGUCCUGGGAGAGAACAUCUGUGAUGAGGCGGAGGAGAAGCGAGCAGAAGGAGAAGAAUGGAGAGCACGAAUCCGAUCUGUAAGUCCCACUCCAACGUUAGAUAAGAAAACGACACCGUGCUCAUGGCGAUAUGCGUAUUAUUUGAUUUAGUUGCCUGUAAUCAGCACGGAUGUUCUCAACAUGGACAAACAAUUACUUCGUAGGGCGCACAAAGUGUUGGCAUUCCUUGUCCAUUUUUACGUUCAUUCCAUUCCACCCGCCAAAUCUUCCGGCCCGACCAUCGUUCCCCGUUCGUUAGCCAUUCCUUUAGUGGAGGUGUCAAAGGUGCUAGGUAUGGCCCCCGUACUCACGUAUCUUGAUACGGUGGUGUGGAAUUGGGAGGUCAUCGACCCCACACUCCCAGUCACCAUCGACAAUAUGCGCUGGGUGGAUUUAUUUUCGGGCACAGAGGACGAGAGAAACUUUUUUUUUGCGGCUGCAAGGACGGAGAUGAGAGGCAUCGAAAUAAUCCAAAUAAUCAACGACUAUCUGAGCCUCCCAGACGUCAAUGACAUAAAUGCAGUAUCUAAGGUCUCCAAGAACCUUAACCGCCUCACUGUAGCGAUACGCGAGAUCGACGAGAUGGUUCAAGAGGUGCGCGAGAUGGUGGACCCGAGGACUUUCUACUGGACCGUUCGCCCGUGGUUCAAUGGAAGCCCUAGCGAAGAAGAAGGGGGCGAAUGGAUUUUUGAGGGCGUCCCAAACACCCGUUCAUUUGACCUCAGCGGUCCAUCAAACGGGCAGAGUAGCAUGAUACAUGCACUCGACAUUUUCCUCGCCGUUGAUCACAAGCUGCAACAGCGCCGCUAUCCGGCUCCAUCCGAGUCCAACAAGCGUGCUGAUCACGGAUUUAUGGAUCGCAUGAGACGCUACAUGCCUGGCAGGCACCGAGAAUAUUUAUCCCGCCUGGAAGCCAACCCUAGGCCACUCAGGGAGCUCGUGCAGAACACACCUGUUCUUCGUGAACCGUAUAAUGCAGCGGUGGCGGCAUUGAAAAAACUCCGCGACCGACAUAUGCGUGUUGCAUGCCUCUAUGUGGUGACGAUGUCGCGAUCCACUGCCACUGGGAGUAAAUGUCCUGUACUUGCCAUGGCAGCACGGAUGGAGAGAGAGGGGGCAAGAAAAGGACCUGCGAAGGGAACCGGAGGAAAUGAUUUAUCUCUGCUCUUGAAGGCGGGACGAGAUGCGACACAGCGCACCAUGCUCAAAAGCAACUGAGACCACAGUCUCGCCGUACUUAUAUUCAAUCCUUCGUAAUUUCGACAAUUUUUCUAGUGCCCGCCUUGAUGGUGGUGCAAUUCUUGAAGGCCGGUAUCGGCAACGACCACAUUAACCAUUUCGUUUCGUGUAGCGUUAACU